AUGGCUCAGACUGUUGUCCUCAAUGUUGGCAUGUCAUGCGAAGGCUGUGUUGGGGCCGUGAAGAGGGUUUUAGGAAAAAUGGAAGGUGUAGAAUCGUUUGACAUUGAUUUGAAGGAGCAGAAAGUUACAGUGAAAGGCAACGUUCAGCCUGAAGCAGUUCUCCAGACUGUUUCUAAGACUGGGAAGAAGACUUCCUUUUGGGAAGCAGAAGCCAAGUCCACCGAGGCUGUUGCUUAA